AGGAGCUACAGAAUUCAUGGAUCCCAUUCAUGGUGAAGAAUCAAGUGAGUUGUUUCAAGCUCAAGCUCACAUCUACAAACACAUAUUCAACUUUGCGAAUUCCAUGUGCCUUAGUUCUGCUCUUCAACUAGGCAUACCAGACAUCAUUCACAACCAUAAACAACCCAUUACUCUUCCCCAGCUAGUCACAGCACUUCAGCUUCCUCCCACAAAAACCAGUCAUGUCCACCGGCUCAUGCGCUUAUUGGUGCACUCUAAUUUCUUCGCUACCACGAAAAUUCAUGUAAAUCAAGAAGAAGAAGAAGAAGAAGAAGGGUAUGUUCUCACUCCAUGUUCUAAGCUCCUCCUCAAAGAUGAACUCAUCACUUUGGCGCCAUUUGUUCAUGCAGCGGUUCAUCCGGUUCUAUUCACUCCAUGGCAAUUCUUGGGAGAUUGGUUUCGCAGCAAUGAUAUCAAUGCAUUCCAAACUGCACAUGGGGUUAAGAUGUGGGAAUUUGGAGAUCAAAACCCCGAAUUCAACAACAUUUUCAAUAAGGCCAUGGCGAGCGAGUCUCAAAUGAUGAGACUGAUUGUUGGAGACUGCAAGGAUAUAUUUGGAGAGUUGCAUUCACUGGUUGAUGUAGGAGGUGGCACAGGAGUGGUUGCUCGGAUUGUUUUGGAGGCGUUCCCUCAUAUCAAAUGCACAGUAUUUGACCUCCCACAAGUUGUCGCGAGCUCUCCAGAGUGUGAGAACCUGAAUUAUGUUGGAGGAAAUAUGUUUCAGUCUAUCCCUUCUGCAGAUGCCAUUUUAUUGAAGUGUGUUUUGCAUAAUUGGAGCGACGAGGAUUGUGUGAAGAUACUGAAGAGAUGCAGAGAAGCCAUUCCAAGCAAAGGAGGAGGGAAAGUUAUUAUCAUAGACAUGGUGAUAAAUGGUGAUCAGAAAGAUGAACAUGACAUUGCAGAAACAAAGCUCGUCUAUGAUAUACUGAUGAUGGUUCAGGUUACUGGGAAAGAGAGAAAUGAGAAAGAAUGGAAGAAACUCUUCCUGGAAGCUGGUUUUAGUAGCUACAAGAUAGCACCCAUCUUUGGUUUAAGGUCAGUUAUUGAGGUUUUUCCUUAGGAGAGGCUUAAUUAUGUACUGUGAUAGCCUAAUGAAUAAUGAACUUCUUUAUGGCUAUGGAAGUGCCUACUUUACAAUUAUAUAUGUAAUUUAAAAAACUUAUGAUACUAUGAUGGUGUUACCAGUCUACUCAUGCAGAUAGGUUGCAAUUAAGGGAACUUUUUAUGACUUAACACUUCUAUGUCAUGAGAGUGAGCCUGGUGGCAUUUAGUAGGAAUUUGGAUCCUCGACUCAUUCGAAAAAGCCCAAUUAUUUUUAGUUGUCUAAUUAUUUUUGUCAUUUAUGGAUUUAUUCUUGCGAAACUUGUAAGUGCCCAUCAUUCUCAUAUUUUUCGACAUAGUGAUCCAUCUUUCUGAAAAAUAUCUGCCUUUCUUUUUGUU